AUGCCCGACACCCUCAAACCCGAUAGCUCCAGUUCCCCCACCACGGUUCAAGACGCCCCGCAAACGCAGCCAUCCCAAACUACUCCGACGUCUUCCUCCCCAUUUGUAAAAGAAACACAUCAAGACUGGACAGAUGAUUCUCUAGACGCUCUGCUAGCCAGCAGCGAUGGUGUUGGAUUUUGCGUCCCGGCGUAUAUGCUGCAAGCUCAUAGUACGGUCUUUCGCGAUAUCAUCUCCGGCGGAGUGACCGGACAGACUCGGGCUCAAAGCGACCCUUCCACCAAACACCGCGCUCUCGAGUUGACAGACAACACUUUCGAGACUUCUACUGUCGUCGCAUGGGUAUUGCAAUUGAUGGAUGGCACAUUCGACACAAAGGCUUUCGUAGAGGACCAAAAAUCCGAAACAAGAUUUAGCCUGACAAAGGUGAAAUCGUUCGCCAACAAAUGGGAUUGUCGUUCAGUAUUGGACGGUCUUGAGCGCGCCAUUAUUGCCAUCAGUUGCGAGAGCCAUACCGAACCUUGCAACAAACUUGCUCAAUUCGACAUUUUGACUGUGGCAGCUGAUAUCAAUCGUCCUUACGCGGCUUAUGCGGUACUCCUCCAUUGGGAUGUACCCGAUAGCGACGAGAAGCGGGAGUACGGUUACUCCAGUGUGAUAAUCACCAAGAAGAAUCCUUUCAAUGUUGAUUGUCUCUCACGGUUCGGUUUCAGCCUAUUUCCGACAGAUUAUCUUUAUGCGCUUCACAAGUCGCGCAGGCAAUAUCCUACGGACCAAAAGCUCCGGGCGGAUGCGUUCCGCAAGCUUCUAGAGGAACCAAUGACAUAA